AUGCCUGGAAGAUUUCGACUUCUCAAAGGAAUAUCUUCGUUUGCAAUGUUGGGGUUUGUUUCUGCUGUUUGUGCUGGAUUUUGCGCAGCUGUGGCGUCCACUUGCGCUAAACUAGCAAUGUCUCUAGAACUUCAGAGGAAAAUUUGGUGCAAUUUUUUACUUCAAGGCUUUGGUGUUGGUGCCACGAAUGGUUCCCCGAUCACAUCUGCCUGUCAAAUGGUUGGUCUAUGUUCUCGUGUUUAACAAAGCACGCUUGCGGCUUAAAGAAGAGUCUUAGCUUUACUCCAGCCUGGAAUUUUUGAAACAUUGUAGCUUGAAGAUUUUUCGGGAAUAACUUUUGCGGAGUGUCCUCGAUCAAAGUAAUAAAAGUUGAAACGUUACAUUUCGUUCGUUGUACAUAUGUAUUUUGUGCUGCUCGACAUUGAAAUCGAAAGAAAUAGUCUCUAGCAGUAGUAUAAUUCAUUAUGAACCGCAAAAACUAAGAGAAUUGGCCAUAUAAAAAAUAUACACAAUCAACCUAGCCAAAAAGCACUGCUUGAGUUUGUUAAUUUAUAGAGCUCUUCAGGUUUUUUUAGAGUUAUAUAUAAGUAGGUUAUAUUGAAGUAAAAGGGCGGACAGAGACUGGUAAGAACCUGUUAUCAGUAAUACUCUGAUUGUCUGGGAACUAUGGUCCACAGAGGGACUGUUAGUGGUGACAGUAUCAUUUGUUUUAUCAAUGGAAGUCAUCCGUUGAUUAUGCUCAAGGUACUGCAGUGUUUGUCACUCAAAUCAACAACAGUCCUUUUGAGGACUAAUAUAUUUAGUCAAUCACUUGGUGAAGGGAAUGACUGUUUAACCAUUUAACUCUUAGGGGUGACCAGUAUCUAAUUUCUCCCUACAAUAUAACCCCUGGAUCAUACAUUAAUAAGAAUAAAGUAAAUGAUCAUGGACCAAAGAGGCACUCGAUUAUUAAACAAAUUAUACUCGUCAGCAUCUUAGGAAAUAUAAAGUCAAUAGAACUGAAAAGAAUAUGCAUAGUGAUGUUAGGGUGAAAAAGGUUCCUAACCCCUGUAGGUUCUAGGAGUAUUACAAAAGCUACUUGUUGAAAUAUGAACAGUUUCGCGACUGCAUUAAUUGAAAAAAUCUUCAACUGAUUUUCAGGUGGUUAAUCUUGCACGAGCUUCUUCAUUUCUUCUGGUUUUCCUGUUCAAUGCCCUGAUGUGGACCCUAUUUGUGAAGUCUCUUAGAGCAUCAUCUUCUUCAGCUACAGCAACAGUUACCAAUACAGCCUCAAAUUUCAUUUGCACUGUAAGUAUUUGUUGAGAAAGAGCUGAAUUGUCAUUUUAAAUUUUAGCAGUACCACUGCUGUUGCCAUGGUCACUUGAACAAGAUGAACCAAUCACAUUUUAAAGGUUGAGCACUGAUUAAAAUCAAUUGUGCCAUGUGAAGAACCAUUACAAGCAAAGAUGACAAAUAUGUUAGUUUUGAGCAGAAGGCUUCUUCCAUAUUUACUGCAAUUGAAUUCUUGUAGAGUUGUUGAUUGUUUUAUUUUUUUAAUUAACUUUAAUGACCAGUUUUACAAGGUGACUGGAUGUAUAACUUGACUGGGAAAGGAAAUAGAAAGAUAAUAAGUUUCCCCUACCAGAAACAAUUUAAGGCUACUAUAAUUGUAAAGAGGAUUGCGGAAGAACAGUCAAGCAACACUUUGUAUUCCCAAUAAGUCUCCACAUUUUUAUAAAUGGGCAGCCAAUGUAUUGUGGAAACUGCAACCUAACAUGAAUGUUUAAAAUCAAACUUAAAGCACGACAAAAUUAUAGAAGAAACUUCUUGCAAAUAACUUGAAAUAAGUUUAGAGUGGUCUUGUAAAUGUAUGCGGUAAUUUUAAGUCCACAUUUUCAACAAUAUUGGCUGUCUCCUCUAAGUGCAUUCUAACUGAUCUGUUAAUAUCCUCUCUAGCACUUCAUCAUUUUCUUUUAGUAAGAAAAACAAGGAUAAAGUACCUACUCUUACUGAUAAGUUAGUUUUAAGUUUGAUACUGACUUUUUGCACACACCUUUUAUAGUAAUGCUAGUAAGGCAAGCCUGGCUAAUUAGCCAUGCUGUGCUCCCUUAAAAUUGCAAUAGAAGAACUGUUAUAAAAAGGGUUAAUGAAUCUAUCACUAGGCUACUCUUCAGGCUUACCAAUAUUUUAAUUAAGAUUGACAACAACAGCUUGUACAAGGCUUACUAGUCUAACAGUGGCGCUUAGGAUUUGGACUCGGUACAGCUUCACUCAGAACAAACCUACUAGAGGAAUUUAGGAGUCAAUGAUUUGAACUGUGAGUCUGUAAACACUGAUGUAGGGUUGUCUCUUACAGGCGCUGCUUGGUUGCCUGUUGUUUGGCGAGACACUUUCCAUGCAAUGGUGGUUAGGUACAUCUCUCAUUCUAACAGGCUUGAUUCUGAUUCACUAUAACAGUGCACCUUUAACUAACGAUCAAGGUCAUGACAAGAGAGAGUGAAUGGGGCUGAAAAGGCAAUUUGUUCAAGUGGAGUGACAAUCCCAUACAGCUUUACAGUGGUUAGUCAAGUCAAGGGGAUUGUCUAUCAAGAUGUGGAUAAUGUUUCAGGGAAAAAAAAUUAGAAUUUUGAAUUAGAUGGACCUCUAUUUGGCAACUAUUGGUCCAUUGCAGUCAAACUGGAAGUCAGAGUUUUAGUUGUUGUAUAAUGAAGAAAACAAGUUAGAGAACUUUGGAUAAAAAGUUUUGGAUAAUGGAAAAGAAAUAACAACAUACUCAAUUCCAUGAGACAAGGCUUGGCAUUGGCAUCAGAAGGCAAGUGCAUUAUGCACAGGGUAAUCAUACCGCUUAGUAUAGAGUAUGACUGACUAACAGAAUACUUCAUGAUCCAGGAAUAUAUCUCUUGUUAGGGCCAAUGAGGAAAAGUUGGCCAUUUUGAAAGUUUGAUGGUUGCUUUUUGGCAUGAAUUUUCAAUGUUGACCAAAGGGCGAGAAAUUGCAUAUCUUGUUACAGUGUUAAACCACCAACAGAUGCUGUCCAUUUAAACAAAAAGCAAUAAUGGCCUGUUCAAGAUUUGUCCAUAUCACCUACGG